CUCCGAAUUGGACUUCCAAAAACAUUCUAAUGUCACUGAAGAACCACGCAACACGCUUCAGUCCAUGGACAAAUUUUCCCUACACUUUUCACGCUACAAAUUUCGCUUAACCUCCUUUCAAUUUCGUCAGUGGCACCACCUGACUGCACACUCCUUCCGUUCUUUCUCUUCAAACAAUUCGAACCCACCUCCUGUAAACUUCUCUCACAUCUUACAGGGUUACAUUCCACACCCUCACCUGCUCCAAAUCCAUGCCCGUAUAUUCCGACACAAUUCCCACCAAAAUGACCUCGUUGCAACUCGUCUCAUUGGCCAUUACCCUUCAAAUUUGGCCUUGAAAGUGUUUAAUUGUUUGGAGAAACCCAACAUUUUCCCUUUUAAUGCAAUUAUUAGAGUGUUGGCCGAAGAGAGCCUGUUUACAAAUGCGUUUUACGCUUUUAAAAAGCUGAAGUCAAUGUCCCUUUUGCCCAAUGAAUUGACGUUUUCUUUUAUUCUUAAAGCGUGUUUUAGGGCCACUGAUGAUUUGAGUUAUGUUAAACAAGUGCAUUGCCAUGUCGUGAAAUCGGGUUGUGUUCAUGAUUCUUUUGUUUGUAAUGGUUUGCUUGUGGUUUACGCUAAGAGGCUUAAAGAUUUGGCAUCAGCUCGAAAAGUGUUCGAUGAAAGGCUCGAGAAAGAUAUGGUUUGUUGUUGGACUUCUUUGAUUUCUGGGUAUGCUCAAGUGGGGUUAUCUGAGGAAGCUUUGAAACUAUUUUUGCUAAUGAUUAAAGAAAACUUGAGGCCUGAAAAUGAUACCAUGGUUAGCGUUUUAUCUGCAUGUGCGAACCUUAAUGUUAUAAAGAUUGAGAAAUGGGUGAAUAUUUUGAUGACAUAUAUAAAGGAUUUUGGUUCCAAUAAAUUUGGUUUUGAUUAUGUGAAUACAGUUCUUGUUUAUUUAUAUGGGAAGUGUAAAAAUACGGAACAGAGUAGGGAAAGAUUUAAUGACAUUACUGAAAUUGGGAAAAAGAGUGUGCUUUCAUGGAAUGCUAUGAUAGGGGCAUAUGUUCAAAAUGGUUGCGCUUCAGAAGCUGUAAGCCUUUUUAAAUUGAUGAUGCAGAAUUGUAUUUGUCGACCCAAUCAUGUAACAGUGGUUAGUGUGCUUUCAGCCUGUGCCACAGUUGGUGAUUUAGACCUCGGCACAUGGGUGCACGAAUACAUGAGAACUAGUGGGCAUAAAGGUGUGCUAUCUUCAAAUGUAAAUCUUGCCACUUCAUUGAUUGAUAUGUACUGUAAAUGCGGGAGUUUGGUCAGGGCAAGAGGGGUUUUUGAUCAAAUGAUUGAGAAGGAUGUUGUUUCAUUGAAUGCCAUGAUAAUGGGUCUUGCACUAAAUGGUGAAGGAGAGGAGGCUUUGAUGCUUUUCUACAAAGCGAAAGAGUUUGGCCUGAUUCCCAGUUCAGGAACUUUUCUCGGUGUUUUGUGCGCGUGUAGUCACUCGGGAUUGUUGGAAAAAGGGCGUGAAAUUUUUAAGGAGAUGAGGCAACGAUAUUCUGUUACCCCACGAUUGGAGCAUUAUGCUAGCUACAUUGAUCUCUUAUCACGAGUAGGUUGUAUUGAGGAAGCCCUUGGCGUUGUCACCUCAAUGCCAUUUGAGCCCAAUAAUUUUAUUUGGGGUUCUCUGCUUGCCGGCUGCACGCUCCACGACAAAUCAGAAUUGACCCAAAUCAUUUCUAACAUGCUUGUUAAGAUCGAUCCUGAGAAUUCUGCAGGCUAUGUCAUGUUAUCUAAUGCAUUUGCUAAUGAUCAUCGCUGGUGUGACGUUUCUGAGCUGAGGUACUUCAUGAGGGAAAAGGAGGUGACCAAGCAGCCGGGGUGCAGUUGGAUUAGCAUCAACGGAGUGGUACAUGAGUUUCUUGCUGGAUUUGCGCGGCGUUCUCAAAUUGAGAGUUUACAUUAUACACUGGAAGGAUUGGUCAAGGAAAUGAGAUUAGCCAGUUCAUAGAUUUUGGUUCCUCAAAUGUCAACUUCAUCGAGGAAGAAUGUACUGACUCUUUUGACAUUCUAGUUUCAUUGAUACCUAACAGUACGACUAAAUCUUCCAUGCCUAACAUGCAAUAAGGAUUUUAUACUUUA